AAUGGUUACGACAACAGCUACUAAAGCAACAAAAGCGAAAGCUCCAAAGCCGAAAAAGGCUGCACCAAAAACAAAAAAAGAUGGUAAAGGGGGUAAAGCAAUUAAAGGAGGUGCUAAAAAGAAGAAACAAACACUCAAAUUUAUUAUUGAAUGUAAAAAUCCUGUUGAGGAUGGAAUUAUGAAGAUUAAUGCGCUUGAGGAAUUCUUAAAUGCUCGAAUCAAAGUUUUUGGUAAGACAAAUCAACUCGCCACUGGAGGAGUUAAAGUUGAAGCUACAAAGACUCGGGUUAUUGUUACUUCUGAAUCAGAGUUUUCUAAGCGUUAUUUGAAGUACCUUACCAAAAAGUUUUUGAAGAAGAAUAUUUUGCGUGAUUGGCUUCGAGUUGUUGCUAGUGCUAAGGAUACUUAUGAGUUGCGCUACUUCCAAAUUACUCAAGAGGAAGAAGAAAGUGACAAUGAGGCUUAA